UCGGAAUCGGCGCCCACGCAAUAUUCGUAGAUAUAUUCCUAUGCUGCUAAUCUGGGAAUAGCAUGAGGCAGCAAUCAUGUGGAAAGCAAAGCCAAAUAAAACAAUUAGCGCGGACAACGGGAGAAAAGUUAAGACUGGUCGUCGCAGAGCCUUGACAGUGAAUACAAGCAAGAAUCUUUCUCUACAUUGAAAAUGUCCCAAAAGUGUAACAAUUUCAUACCAAUUCUGGUAGCGCUUUUUGUGGCCUUUCUGGUGGGUCAAACCAUAUCCGAGUGCAAUGUGUGUCAGAGCAAUAAAGUGGCCUGCAUCAAUUCCACUUCCUUCUAUCUGUGCUUCGGCGAUGGAAUGCCUCACACGGAUCAGCUCUACCACUGCCUGGAUGGGUUUCAAUGCAGCAAUCUGACAGCGAUCUGCACCCAGAAGAGCAACCAGCGGCCGCCCAGCUGCGGGGACACCUCACAGUGUGGUCAGUGCAGCGCACAUCGCAACUAUCUGUUCGCCUGCCAGAGUCGCGGCAUCUUUCAGAUGUGCUACGGUGCCAGCAGACCCACCGGGAAGUUUGGUUAUUGUCCCACGGGCACGGUUUGUGAUGCCAGCAGCGAUAGUAUUUGUGUGCGUGCGGUGGCAAAUCAAACGCUGACCUGUGACCUCAACGAUCAGCUGGUGGAUACCACCACAGCACCACCACCCACCACGGAAAUCCCCGGCAAUACCACAGACACUACACCCACACCCGGGACACCUAUGGAUGUGUGUCGCCAGCAUUUGGAGACGGGUCUCUAUGCCACAGAUCCCGCCGAUCCCAGUUGCAAGCGCUACAUCAGCUGCUACUUUAAAAACAAUAUCGUUGUCACGGCCACGGAAUACGAUUGCCCGACGGACUCCUACUUCCAAGCAGAGAUGCAGAAAUGUUCCUACAUGAAGCCAGCAGCUUGUCUUUAGACCAGACCCCA